UCUCUCCUUCUUCUUCCGUUUUCGUGUUUUAUAUUGCGUCAAAGAGUUGAGUCUGGUUCACGUCACAGAGGAGUCGUCGCCUUGUGCCCACACCCUCUGCUAUAAGGCCUACCCUUCCCUCACCUCAGCUCACCCACCCACACCCCCCCCUUCUGCCUCCUCUUCUUGGUGGUGACUCUCCGGACUCACAGCUGCAGAGAUCAUGGAACAUGGGCUGUUUUAGCUGGGGAGUGAUCUUGAGCUUGGGGAAAAGGGACGCCCUCCCUGUUGUUCGUAUUGUCUUCUUUCUCGGUUCGCACACAUGGAGAGCAAGCCAAGCUUCUCGAGGCAUGGAGUGCUGAGGCUCCCCCCUGGGUUCAGGUUCCACCCCACUGAUGAAGAGCUUGUGGUUCAGUACCUCAGGAGGAAAGUCUUCUGCUGCCCCUUGCCCGCCUCCAUCAUCCCCGAGAUCAACCUCGCAAAACUCGAUCCAUGGGAUUUACCCGGUGGGUGCGAGGAGGAGAGAUACUGCUUCAAUCUGAGGGAGGCAAAGUACCGGAACGGGAGCUGGUCGAACCGGGCGGCCAGGUCCGGGUACUGGAAGGCCACGAGGAAGGACAAGCAGAUCACAUCUCCAAGGUGCAGCCAGGUUGUGGGAAUGAAGAAGGUUUUGGUCUUCUAUAGAGGGAAGCCUCCCACCGGGACCAAGACUGAUUGGGUCAUGCAUGAGUACCGGCUUGCCGGCACCGAGUCUACAGCCCAGAGACAUAACUCAACUCAUAGCGGAGAUUGGGUACUCUGUCGCAUUUUCAAGAAGAAAAGAGCUACCAAGAUGGAUGUUGAGACUGAAGAAGGGGACGAAUUGCCAGUUACAAAUAGUGGCAUUGACUUCAUGGGACAGAGAGAUAGAGAUCAAAAUCAUUCUUCGUCCUUGUCCGAAUCAAGCUGCAUCACCGAGCUCUCUGAUGGAUCCAGCAAUGGGGAGGAAACCAGUUCUCGCAGUUCAAUUCCACAAGGAAGUGAGUCCUAGAAAUUCUCUGCGUCAGUGUUCCAAAUUUAGAGCCUCCUUUUUUUCUUGGAAGCCAAAAUCCAAAUAAACUUUGAGCUAUUGACUCUAGGAAUUCUAGUCUCCCUCUCCUGUAAGUGGUUCCUUUACCAACCUAAUUGCAAGAGAGCUCUGUGGAGCAGAAGGAACCAAUGUUGUCACCUAAUGAAACAUAUGUUUCAUCAAGUCCAAUGCUGCCUCAGUUGAUCAACUUUUCUUUCCCAAUCAAAGCUAUGUGAACAAUGAAGCGGUGGAAUGCUUUUUUUC